AGAAGUAGUAGAAGCGACGUAAGAUCAUCGUGUCCGUUUUGUUUCGGUCCGUAAAUAAAGACAGUUUUUGACAGCAGUCAGUGGGUUCGAUGUCUGCGCCUUUGGGAACUUGUUUUUCCACCGUCACCAGCUCAGAGAUCCAGGGAUAGUUUUGGACUUGAGCUGUGGUACCCAGCCCCUCUGACCACCCCAACCUGACAGAGCCUGCGUGAGACCUCAGGCUUCCACAGUGAUGGAGCAGCAGUGCCUGUUGUGUCUCACUGCAGCCCACCUGCUCUUCCUCGGCCCCUGUGAGUCCAAGCUGACUCCCAGAGUCUCCUUCCCUGUGGGUAGUUCUGGCAGACGUCUGAGCCGCUUCAUUAGCCAUGACCUCAACAACACCACCACUUUGCUGCUGAGUCAGGAUGGACACACUCUGUAUGUCGGAGCUCAGGAUGCGGUCUUGACUCUGGAUGUGAGCAAGAAGGAAGCCAUCAUACUCAGGAACAAGCUCAACUGGAGCCCUUCAGAAAAAGAUCUAGAGCAGUGUUCCAUGAAAGGCAAGAAAAAGACCACAGAGACACUGAGCAUGACCCACCAGACUGCUGAUGGAAGAGGUCGGUGUCCAUAUGACCCCUACCAGCGGAACACUGCCAUCGUUGUAGAUGGAGAGCUGUACACUGGUACUGUUGCUGACUACAGGGGGAACCGACCAGUGAUUUCACGCCACCUCAGUGAGGGUGGGCGUUUCGACCUGAAGCUGGAUGACACGUUAGGAUGGCUUGAAGAUCCAACCUUCAUACAUUCCAGCUUCAUUCCUGAGGAGGCGAAGAUCUACUUCUUCUUCAGUGAAGUGGGCAGAGAGUAUGAAUUCAUGGACAAGUUGACAGUCUCACGUGUUUCUCAGAUCUGCACGAGUGACACCGGUGGCCAGAGGAGCCUGCAGCGACGGUGGACCACGUUUGUCAAAGCCCAGUUGCUGUGCCAGGCUGACGGUCAGCUGCCCUACAAUGUCCUCCAGGACAUGGACACUUUGACACCACCAGACGGAGCUCCUGCAGACAGUACUCUCUUUUUUGGCAUCUUCACUUCACAGUGGUCUGUCAACUCUGGGCAGUCAGCAGUCUGUUCAUUCCGCCUGAUGGACAUCAAAUCCAUUUUCUCCAGUAACUACAAAGUCCUGAACCGGGACACAUUAAAGUGGAGAAUGCAAGUGCAAGAGAAGGUUGCAAAUCCAGGAGAGAUGGUUGAAGAACUCCUGGACUGUUGUAAAGAAAGACUAAGCCUUGGGGAUACCAGCAUUCAAAACCUCACAGAGAGCUUAUCAAGUUUGGAACAGUCAAAAAGAAAAGACUUGUUAUAUCACAGUGAAUGCCGUAAACCCCUUGUGAAUAAAUGUGUAAUUAAAAGACUCAGGGAGGGUGCUAAAAAGCGUGAUAGAUCUAACUCCCCCAUAGGUUUCUUUCCUGCUCUAGGUCGCCCCUCAUGUUCAAAUGCUCCAAACCGUCCAAAAAGGUCAAAAAGUCUAUCUAAAGCAGAGGUGUGUCUGUUCUCUUCAUGUUCUUUCUGUGCAUCUGAGGCCAAAGAGUCUUUGCAUCAGGUUUUUUACUGA